AACUAACAAAAGUAAAUUAGCACUAGAGGUUCAUAUUGGCGACACCCUCAGAACGAAUGCCAGCCAACAUCCCAAGAUGGCAUUAACUUAGGCUCCGAAGAGAAGGAGGAAGCGUAUUUGGGUAUCCCAUACUGGGGAUACCCAAAACACUAGGGAUCUGGGUACGGGGGUACCCUAAACGCGGGGAUACCCAAAUCACUGUGACACCGGCCAUUUUGGUUUAGCACAGCAACAUCAAGGGGUAAUAUGGUUUUUUUAACGCAUAGCGUCGCAUAAAACUGUUUUGGAUUUCUCCACAAGUUACUGUUUCCAGAGCCUCACAAUGUUUUCUGUCUAGAUGGAGUGUUGGAAUGUCAGUUAUCAGUUAAAUUUUCGGCGAUUUCUCAGCUAUCAAUGAACAGCUCAGCCCAUCUCUCAGUUAUCACGGUAACUUUUUUUCUCGGGGCCUGGGACCAAACGACAAGAACAGUAUGAGGGAAUCUGGACCGAGUUUGUUUGGCGGGGACUUCAAUCAUGGCGUCUACCAGUCAGAUGUAGGAAGUGAAAUGUUUAUCCGCAGAGAAAAAAAAGAACUAGUCUCGGAAAAUUCACCUCCACUGAUGUAGGCAGCUUCGAUAUUCUUGUUCUAACUAUGGUGAAAAUUUUCCGCCUUUUGUCUGGACUAGACACCAACAUGUUCAAAGAAGAAUACUUGUGACAUCUUGGGUAGUUGUGGUCGUCUGACAGACAACUCGUGCAUAAUGUCAGAUGGUAGAAGAAAAAUUAGUUACCCCAGAGGUUCGGCUGUUGCUUCAGAAAUACGAAGAUCAUGGAGUUGGCGAAGAAGAGAAGGGCUGGGUGAGAGUGAAGGUGAAAUUGACAUGGACACACUGGAGGUUCUUUGUCAAGUUCAGGAAAGAUCAGAUGGUGGAUCACUUGGGCUCAGUUCCCAGGAGGCAUUUAAAAGACUUUUUGAUGCCAUCCGUGAGGAGUUAACAGCUUUCACAACAGCUAAUAGUGUCACCUGGAGAAAGGAUCUGUGGAGUGCACUGAGUGUUAAUCAUUACUUGCCGAUUAGCUUCAUCAGUCUUGCAUUUCUAAUUUUUGAGUUCUUGGUGAUGAUUUUGUCAUAUGCCUUGGCUGGUACAACAAGGAACUCCAGUCUGCCACUGAUUGAAGGGAUCAUUGUGUUACUGUUGACAGUUGUCAAUCUUACCUUGUGUGCUCGAGAGGAGAGACUGAGAAGAACAGAGAUGGUCAGAAGUGCCCAGGAUCUGUUGAGCAAUUGUGAUGCUUGUUGCAGCUGGAUGCCAUCAGAUUACGUCGAUCCCUGCACCCCUCCCUCACCGUCCAUCUCGCUGGUGCACGCCUACAGAGAUAGUGAACUGGUCAGUGUUCCAUGCAAUCUUCUUGUUCAGGGUGAUGUUGUGAUACUAGGACCAGGUCAUCAGGCACCUGCACAAGUGCAACAGCUUUCCUCAGAAUUACCAAGCAAAGGAUCUUUACAUGUUCUUGAAGAGGGUCAGGUUUUUCAUCCCAUAACACAAACUACAUCUGCUGAGAGUAGCAAAGGAACUGGCAUACAAUCAUCCCAGCCUCACCCACGAGAGAAGUUCCUUGUUACAGAAACACCUUUUAAACUAAGUCUAAGAAAAAUUUUGGAAAACUCUUUGAAGAGGCCAAUAAGCAUUGUUGGAAAUGAAAUGCAUUACAUUACUAGCACUAUUAUAGACAAGAAACUACUCUUUGUAAUUUUGGUGUCUUCUUUUACAGUUAAUAUUCUGAGAACAAUUUUCCUUAAAAAUGACUCUGGCCAUUGGAGUGAAAUGAUUCUUUUACUGCAGGGAUAUGCCGUGUUGCCACUCCUUCCAAUUUCUUUUCCAAUUGUCUGGAUUUGUUUAAAUCUUUAUGGAACAGCUAGAAUCAAAGUCUUAUUCACUUUUUUAAAAGAAAAAGAAAAGCCAACAAAUGAGAUAUCUCUGCAAGAAGUGUUCCAUUGCUUUUGGAAAAAUUUACUGGGAGAUCCAUCAAGUUUACCAAGAACAGCUAACCUUUUAGAAAUCCUUGGAAGUGUUACCGUGUGGUGUUGUGUGGACAAAGAAGGGAUACUCUCACUACCCAAUCCCUGUGCAGAGAAGGUGUUCUUCCUAAAGAGUCGAAAGCAAAGAUUAAAGGAAGAGUUAGCUGGUCAGGUGAAGGAGAGAAAAGAGAGUGUCUGCACUUGGACAAGUGAAACAAGCAGAGUGUCGUCAAGUCAGGAUGGCCAAGAAUCAAUAUCUGAUGAUGAGGAUGAUGAUGAUGAUAUUUCUGCAUCUGUUGAUGACUCAGAAUCUGUUGAAGACAAUUGGAAUAACUGUUUUAAAGGUCACAGAGAAGUGUUAAAUUUGUCCUCUGAUCCUGAGAGUCAGUUUGGGCUGAGAUUUGAUGAUGUGAGAUGGCAGAAUCAUAUCAACUCACUCAAACCCCUGGGCCUAAAUAUCCUACUUAAUUCAUGUUGCAAAUCUCCUGUGAGAUGUCUACGGUUUGCUGACCACACUGGUCUUCUGUCCCUUUCAUACAAUUCAGUUCCUUUGCCUUCUUACAGAAGGUAUUCUUUUGUUAAAAUAAUAAUGAUUAUAUAUCUUUUGUUCAAAUGUGGGGUAUAUUUAUUGUUGGGGUAUAUAUUUAGUUCUUAAAUUGUGCUAACUGGGGAAAGUGUAAAUCACUAAACAAAAUAAUGCAAUUACAACUCCUAACUGUUGGAAGGCUUACCAGUUGGCUUUUUUACAAAACUUGGCUAAGAAGUUGAAUUGUGGUUCUCCAAGAUCAAAUCUAGUUAAACAAGGACAGAGAAUUUCAUCUA